AUGGCAAUGGAGGUAAUAAAUGGAAAUGAUGGAAAUAAUAAUGGUGGUGGAGACAAUGGGAACAAUGGUAAUUAUGGAAGAAAUGGUGGAUUCAACAGAGGAAAUAUGAACAAUCAAAACAACAAUCAGAAGAUGCAGGAGAAUGGUAUAGAAUCCUUCCCGAUGGAUGUAUUGGUAGAUAGCAAGAAUCUCAAAACCCAUUAUGAGAUUUUAUGUCAUAGACCUAAUUCUCUACAACAAGCAUUCAAGACAGCUGCUACCAUUGAGAUUAACAGGAAAGUUGUUGAGAAGGUUUCCAAGAGAGAUGAUCCAAAGUUGUACAAUUCUAGGGUCCCCAAGAAAGAUGAACUUACUUAG